CACAAUCAUGGCCAUUAUAUUAAUAUUUAUAGGUUGAACACAUUCAUCAAUCACCCUUCUCUUCAUUACUUCUCAUAUAACUCUUACCAUCUUCUCCAGAUGAUGUCGAAAAUGGUGGGGAACUAGUGGAAUUGUAAGUAUUGAGGAUGGUGGGGAAGAACAAGAUGCAGGUGCAGGCACUUCUGGUGUUGUUCUUCUUCUACUGUUGCAUUGGUUGUUAUGGUAGGGGGGUUGAGAAGGAUGAAGUUUCGGUUUUGUUAUCGAUUAAGAGGGGUCUUGUUGAUCCUUUGAACCAGUUGGGAGACUGGAAAGUGGAGGAAAAUGGGGUUGGGAAUGGUUCAGUUCACUGUAAUUGGACUGGGGUGUGGUGCAACUCUAAAGGAGGUGUUGAGAGGCUUGAUCUCUCUCACAUGAAUCUCAGUGGCCGGGUAUUGGAUGAGAUUGAGCGCCUGCGUAGUCUCGCUCAUUUGAACUUGUGCUGCAAUGGGUUCUCUUCAUCUUUGCCUAAAACCAUGUCUAAUCUUCUGGCAUUGAGGAGCUUUGAUGUCAGUCAGAAUUUCUUUGUGGGUGGCUUUCCUGUGGGGUUUGGAAGGGCACCUGGAUUGACGAUUCUGAAUGCUUCAAGCAAUAAUUUCUCGGGUUUUCUUCCUGAGGAUCUUGGAAACCUGACUGCACUGGAGAUUCUGGAUCUCAGAGGGAGUUUCUUCCAAGGCUCAAUUCCGAAAUCUUUCAAGAACUUGCAGAAGUUGAAGUUUCUUGGCCUUUCAGGGAAUAAUCUUACAGGCCAAAUACCGAGGGAGAUUGGGCAGCUUUCAUCACUGGAGACUAUCAUUCUUGGGUACAAUGAAUUUGAAGGUGAAAUCCCUGUGGAGCUUGGGAAUCUCACCAAUCUCAAGUAUCUGGAUUUGGCUGUUGGCAACCACGGCGGCAAGAUUCCAGCUGCCUUGGGGAGGCUGAAGCUGCUGAACACAGUUUUCUUGUAUAAAAACAAUUUUGAAGGCGAGAUUCCACCAGAAAUUGGCAACAUCACUUCACUGCAGUUGCUGGAUCUCUCUGAUAACCUGUUAUCAGGAGAAAUUCCAGCUGAGAUUGCUAAAUUGAAGAAUUUGCAGCUGUUGAAUCUCAUGUGCAACCAGCUUUCAGGUUCAGUUCCUUCUGGGCUUGAAUGGUUGCCUGAGUUGGAGGUGCUUGAGCUUUGGAACAACUCCUUGACAGGCCCUUUGCCCAAUGAUCUUGGUAAGAAUUCACCAUUGCAGUGGUUGGAUGUAUCCUCCAAUUCAUUCACUGGUGGGAUCCCUCCAAGUUUGUGCAAUGGAGGAAACCUGACUAAGCUCAUUCUCUUCAACAAUGGCUUCUCUGGUCCGAUUCCAAUUGGGCUAUCAACAUGUACCUCAUUGGUUCGAGUUAGAAUGCAUAAUAAUCUCAUUUCUGGGACAGUCCCAGUUGGGUUUGGAAAACUUGAGAAGCUUCAGAGAUUAGAGUUGGCGAAUAAUAGUCUCACUGGCCAAAUUCCAGGUGAUAUUGCGUCUUCUACUUCCCUUUCCUUCAUUGAUCUCUCCCGGAACCGCCUCCAGUCGUCUCUGCCUUCCACCAUUCUUUCCAUUCCUCAGUUGCAGAACUUCAUGGCCUCACAUAAUAACUUGGAAGGUGAAAUCCCAGACCAGUUCCAGGAUUCUCCUUCACUUUCUGUGCUUGACCUGUCAUCAAAUCAGCUCACUGGAAGCAUACCAGCAAGCAUUGCUUCAUGUGAGAAGAUGGUCAAUUUGAAUCUCCGGAACAAUCGGUUAACAGGGCAAAUCCCAAAGACAGUUGCCACCAUGCCCACAUUAGCCAUUCUUGAUCUCUCCAACAAUUCUCUAACCGGUACCAUACCUGAAAACUUUGGAACUUCUCCAGCCUUAGAAUCGCUUAAUGUCUCAUAUAACAGGCUAGAGGGGCCUGUUCCAACGAACGGUGUGCUUCGAACAAUAAAUCCUGACGAUCUCGUGGGCAAUGCUGGUCUCUGUGGUGGUGUCCUCCCUCCAUGCUCCUGGGGCGCAGAAACUGCGUCAAGACACAGAGGGGUUCAUGCAAAGCACAUUGUUGCUGGAUGGGUCAUUGGAAUUUCCACAGUUUUAGCUGUUGGGGUUGCACUUUUUGGUGCUCGGUCUCUGUACAAGAGGUGGUAUUCAAAUGGAAGCUGCUUCACAGAGAGAUUUGAAGUGGGCAAUGGAGAAUGGCCAUGGAGACUAAUGGCAUUCCAGAGACUAGGCUUCACAAGUGCUGACAUUCUGGCUUCUAUCAAGGAAUCAAAUGUGAUUGGGAUGGGAGCCACUGGGAUUGUGUACAAAGCUGAGAUGCCGAGGCUAAACACAGUUGUUGCAGUCAAGAAGCUAUGGAGGUCAGAAACCGAUAUUGAAACUGGGAGCAGUGAAGAUCUAGUGGGGGAAGUGAACCUCCUAGGGAGGCUAAGGCAUCGAAACAUUGUCCGGCUAUUGGGUUUUCUUCAUAAUGAUAGUGAUGUGAUGAUAGUCUAUGAGUUUAUGCACAAUGGCAGCCUAGGAGAAGCCUUACAUGGAAAACAAGGAGGGAGGCUGCUGGUAGACUGGGUUUCUCGAUACAAUAUAGCAAUUGGGGUAGCCCAAGGGCUCGCCUAUCUCCACCAUGACUGUCAUCCACCUGUCAUUCAUCGCGACGUCAAGUCAAAUAACAUACUGCUUGAUGCAAAUCUUGAGGCAAGAAUUGCGGAUUUCGGAUUGGCGAGGAUGAUGGUCAGGAAGAAUGAGACAGUUUCCAUGGUGGCUGGAUCAUAUGGAUACAUUGCUCCUGAAUAUGGAUAUACUUUGAAGGUUGAUGAGAAGAUCGACAUCUACAGCUUUGGAGUGGUACUGCUGGAGCUUCUAACCGGAAAAAGGCCAUUAGAUGCUGAGUUUGGGGAAUCAGUGGACAUAGUAGAAUGGGUUAGGUGGAAGAUUAGGGACAACAGAGCCUUAGAAGAAGCUCUAGACCCCAAUGUAGGAAACUGCAAAUACGUUCAAGAAGAGAUGCUUUUGGUCCUGAGGAUAGCCCUUCUUUGCACUGCUAAGCUCCCCAAGGACAGGCCCUCCAUGAGGGAUGUGAUAACAAUGCUUGGGGAGGCAAAGCCAAGGAGGAAAAGCAGUAGCAACAUCAAUGGAUAUGACAUUAACAAAGCGAGACCAGUGUUCAGCACCUCACCUGUAAAUGGCCUUAUGUAGGAACCAAAUUAUCGGUUCCUCUCUGGCCUUUCAUUCUGUUUAGAUUCUUCCUUUGUAUGUAGAAUUUUCUUCCUCUUUGUGAUCAAUCAUGGACAUUGUUGUCUAGAUUAUCAAUGAGUAUAUCGAAGUGGAUUCAAUCUCUUGAAUAAAUUUUUUCUUUCUGGGUUUCAA